AUGAAAGAUGUAAUAGAAAGUCUUAUGAAAGAACGUAGUGAGAAAAAGGAUGAUCCAAUCAAACUUCAAACAACGCAUGAUGAUGAGAGUAGCUCGUCCUCAGGAAGCAGCAGUAGUGAGAACAGUGGUGAUGAGAGUAGCUCAUCUUCUGGAAGUAGCAGUAGCGACAGCAGUGAUGAUACGAGUAGUUCAUCCUCAGAAUGUAUCAGUAGCGACAGCAGUGAUGAUGAAAGUGGCUCAUCCUCUGGAAGCAGCAGCAGCAGCGAUGACAGUGAUAAUGAGAAAGAUCAUAAGAUUGAUUGUGAAUGGGAGUCGAUUUUAGAUAAUGGUUUGAAUAAUGGUAUAAAAAUGAUCAUUCGUAGAAAAUCCUCGAGUUUGUUGAUAAAGAAGUCUGAAACGCAUAAAAGUGUUAAAGAAGAAACGAAAUCAUUAGCAAGUAUUGGAUAUUCAAGCAAUAGUGAGGCUCUGCAGGAUGAGUUUGUAUCGCCAAAAGCUUCAAAAAUGCGUAAUCCUAAUAUCAAAUUGACUAAUACAAGAAACUCAUCAAGCUAUUCUGUAGAUAAGUCCACAUCAAUCAAAAAUAGUGAGAUAUUAGGACAAUCAACAGUAGAUGUAUCACAUGAUCUUGAAAAGAAGGAUAUGAACACUUCAAUAGGAAAUAUCUGGAAAGAGAACCACAACAGUGAAGUAACAAAGGUGCAAGACGAUGUUAGAAAAAAGAAAACCAUAUCACGAGAAAUUAGUAGAUCUUCAAGAAACAACUGUGUCAUUAAAAAGGAAGUUUUGGAUGAUGAUUUAAUUGUAAGUAAUUCGAAUGUAGCUGAUGUUUCAAAUCAGAGUGGUCCCAGUAUAAAACAUGCUAUUAGAAGAGAAUCUGCAAACCACAUUGCAGUUAAGUCCGCGCCAUUGGAAAGUCUUAAGAUAUUAAAACAAUCAACAAAAGAAUUAUCACGUGAUCUUGAAAGGAAGGAUAUGAACACUUCAAUAGAAAAUAUCUGCAAAGUAAAACACAACAGUGAAGUAACAAAAGUGCAAGACGAUGUUAGAAAAAAGAAAACCAUGUCACGAGCAAUUAGUAGAUCUUCAAGAAACAACUGUGUCAUUAAAAAGGAAGUUUUACAGGCUGAUUCAAUUGCAGGUAAUUCGGACGUUGCUGAUGUUUCGAAUCAGAGUGAUCCCAGUAUAAAACGUACUAUUAGAAGAAAAUCUGAAAACCACAUUUCAGUUAAGUCCGCGCCAUUGGAAAGUCUUAAGAUAGUAGACCAAUCAACAAUAGAAUUAUCACGUGAUCUUGAAAGGAAGGAUAUGAACACUUCAAAAGAAAAUAUCUGCAAAUUGAAACACAGCAAUGAAGUAACAAAGGUGCAAGACGAUGUUAGAAAAAAGAAAACCAUAUCACGAGCAAUUAGUAGAUCUGCAAACAACUUUGCAGUUAAGUCCGCGCCAUUGGACAGUCUUAAGAUAUUAGAACAAUCAACAAUAGAAUUAUUACAUGAUCUUGAAAAGAAGGAUAUUAACACUUCAGUAGAAAAUAUCUGCAAAGUGAACCACAACAGUAAAGUAACAAAAGUGCAAGACGAUGUUAGAAAAAAGAAAACCAUAUCACGAGCAAAUAGUAGAUCUUCAAGAAACAGCUGUGUCAUAAAAAAGGAAGUUUUAAAGGAUGAUUCAAUUGUAGGUAAUUCGUACGUUGCUGAUGUUUCGAAUCAGAGUGAUCCCAGUAUAAAACGUACUAUUAAAUCUGCGCCAUUUGAAAGUCUUAAGAAAUUAGAACAAUCAACAAUCGAUUUGUCGCAUAAAAAGAAGUAUAUAGAUACUUCAAUAGACAAUAUUUGUAAAUUGAACAACCACAACGAAGUAAGGAAGCCGCAAAAGAAUGAUAGAAAAGAAAAAACCAUUUCAUCAGCAUCUAGUAGAUCUUCAAAAAUUAGCGAUAAAACGAAAAAGAAAAUUUUGGAGGAUUAUUUGAUUGUAAGUGAUUCCGUUAUUAGUGCGUUUAACAAUGAUCCCAGUAUAAAACCUACUAUUAGAAGUAAUUCUGCAAACUAUUCUGUAGUUAAGUCCUCGCCAAUGGGAAGUCUUGAGAUAUUAGAACGAUCAGUAAUAGAUUUAUCAGAUAAUCUUAAAAAGGAGAGGAAGAUGCAAGGAGAUGUUAGAAAAGAGAAAACCAGAUCAUUAGAAAUUCCAUGUAACGAAUUGGAAGGUUUGGAGAAUGAUUUUAUUCUAAGAGAUUCGGAUUGUUUUUCUGAUGUUUCGAAUAUUAAACAGACUAUUAGUGGAAAAUUCGCGAACUACUCUGGAGUGAAGUCCAGACAACAUGAAAGUAAAACGAACAACAGUUUGAAAAAGGAUUAUUGUAGCAAUGUGAAGAAGGUACAAGAGGAUAAUUUUUACAAUAGGAAUAACAUGAAACGGAAGCGCGAACCCAGUAAUGAAGAUAAUGAAUGGAGAAAUAGCUCAUCAGAAAGUAGUAUAUCUUAUCAUGACACUAAGAAGAAAGUAUUGGAUUAUGAUGGUUUUGAUGUUGAUUCAAGGAUCAGUUUUGGUGAUGCAUUGAUGAUAGAAGAUAACAAUGUUAGAGUAGGAGAUAGCAGUUCCACUGUUAUGUCGUCUAAUCCACAAUAUAGUGAUGUACCGUGGAAGUUGUAUGAAAUCAAUUACAUAGAUACUGAGGACUGUAGAAAACUGUAUAAACGAAUUGGAAUAUCUUGUCAUGGGAUUACGAAUGAUCCCAGACUUCAAAAGGCUUACAAAUCCUCUUGUGAUGUAAACUCACAGAAAAGUACUAAUAAAUCUUUGGAAUAUUUGUUAAAUAAACUUGAACAGAAGAAAAUUAAUAGUAGAUCGAUGCCGGAUUUGCUUGCAAUAAACGAUAACAAGACAAGGAUGUUUCAAGAGCACGAGGAUAUUUCCCAGAUGUUUUACAGCAAAACCACUCGUACGAAGCUAUAUUCAGGUAUCAAAGUGGUAACCAGCAAUAUUCCCACCCUUUCUUCACUCUGCAACAAUGUAAUCCAAAAGAAUGUAGAGUCACUGGUGUAUACAAGAGGAGCGUCGUAUGCAUUACUGAAACCGAUCCUGGAAAAAUUAAAGCCCAAUCAGUUAUUGAAUCUGGAAAAGCAUAACCCUUACAUCAUCGAUGAAUCCGAAGAGCUAUGGAGUUAUCACUGCAAAAAGCAGUUCCACGACAGGAAUCGAGAGUAUAUGGAGACUUCGAGGAACAUGUAUAUGAGAUGUAAGGAAGAGCGCAAGAUGAAGCUCAGUAACAUCGUCAAGCACUCUCAGGAUAAAAACGUAUCCAGAAGACAGACGCAGCUAUGCUUCUUAGAUGCUGAGGAAGCACCAUCACCAAGCGUCGCUAAGAAGGAGAUUAAAAAGGAAGUCAGAAAGAAGGAGGUAAUAGAAAUUAAUAAACCAUUGUUUACACCGGACAUACGAAGGAAAGUUGUAGCAACGUCAAGUUCCAUCGAAACGGUGUCAUCUCCUGAAAAUAAUCUGCUUUCUCAGAGCAAGAUUUGUCCUAAAUCACUGAAGAAGAUGGCGCCGUUGAUGCAAAAGGCACAGAAGGUUUGGAAGGAGAAAA